AUGACGGAAGAAGGUCUUCAAGAUUUAAGAAAGGCCUUAAAGCAGUGGGAAUCGGCAUUCACUCUUGUGCAUCAACGGAAGCCUGACAAGGUAAGUAAAUGAAUAAGUGACAGCUUGUAUAAAUUACAUUUUUUAAAUUUAAAAAAAUGUAGAAUCUUCCAUCAUAAAAGGUACAUUUUCAGGGAAUUAAAAAAUUUUUAAAACUAUUUAUUAUAUUUCAGAAUGAUAUUGCACAAGCGCCAAAAGAUAUCAAGGGUAAGGGGAACUGU